AUGCUGCCCAGAGCCCCGCCAUCGUACUCAUCUUUGUCAAACAGCAACCGAAUCAGAAGACGCAGUGCUGAACUCCAACGUUCAGCAGUGGUACUUGAAGCCGCAUGCUCGCUCACUUCUUGCUUACAUACGUCAGCCCAUCUUCAACCGCGCAACGAAAAAUCUCUCAAAGGCGAUCCAACCACUGUGUCUCUUACUUUCCUUCCGUUUGCUCUUUCGCAGUAUUGGUUUCAUCAUGGGGUCCCGAGCCCAGAAGAUCAUGACUCAGCCCAUCAGCCUCAUUUUCCGCUUCUUGCAAAAUCGCACUCGAGUGGAGAUAUGGCUAUAUGA